UUGACAUAAAUGAAUUUAUCUGACGAAAAAGUUAUAAAAUAAAAAAAAAAUUAUUUCCUCUUUAAGUUUACCAAAUCCUAAAUGAUUUGCGCAAAAUCCAUGUCCCUGAAUUUGAACACCUGAGUAGGAUCCAUUUGCGAAUAUAAAAACACCCAUUCAAGAUAAAAGUGUCUGCUGUUUGUUAAUUGUUAUGUGCUUUUUAGUUCUUUAAGCCUUAAUUGAUAUCCUAUUCGGUAUUAAAUUAAAAAAAGGGUUCAAAUGCAAGGACCGCCUGCGAUGGUAAAGUUGCGCAUGAGGGUACUGCGCACGGCACGUUACUCGUAAAUUUCUAUGGUCGCAAGGCAGGCCAGAGAGCCGCCAUGAUGGCUUUCUGUAUUACACACUCGACAUGGAAAGUUUCGAAGUUGUUUUAUCGUAUUUGUGACUGAGUGCGUGUAAAUAAACACGAUGGGAACAUACUAGAGGACUCCUAAAUCCGUUUAGUGCCGGACUCGGACCGUCCGGGCGGUUGAAACUACGUUACAAGUCCGAUUUUAUGUUGGCGUGGCCGCGCGUUGACUCGUGUCUCCCUCAACGACAAACAUGUCGAAGCUUUCGUUCAGGGCGAGGGCCCUCGAUCCCUCGAAACCUAUGCCCGUUUACAUGGCUGAGGAGUUGCCUGAUCUUCCCGAUUUCUCGGCAAUCAACAGGGCUGUGCCCCAAAUGCCCACCGGGAUGCAAAAAGAGGAGGAAUGCGAGCACCAUUUACAAAGGGCAAUAUGUGCUGGACUCAUCAUACCAACCCCAGAAGUCACAGAUGUUCCUCUCAAGGACUUCUAUGACAGGGUUUACCCCUCCAAUUAUAAACAACCUCGACAGCUCAUCCAUAUGCAACCUUUUACAAUGGAACAAGAGAUCCCGGAUUACGACAUGGACUCGGACGACGAAAGGUGGCUGCUGGAGCAACAACCCAGGCUCGACUUAAGCCCUCUUAAGUUUGAGGAAAUGAUGGAUCGGCUCGAAAAAAGCAGCGGCCAGACGGUUGUUACCUUGGCAGAGGCUAAGGCUCUGUUAAAAGAAGACGAUGAGCUGACCAUUGCCGUAUUUGAUUAUUGGUUAAAUAAAAGGCUUAAAACGCAACACCCCUUGAUCCUCUCGGUUAGAACAGAGCAUCGAUCAGGUCAGGCCGCCAACAACCCAUACCUGGCGUUUAGGCGUCGCACCGAAAAAAUGCAAACCCGCAAAAAUAGGAAGAAUGACGAAGUUUCGUAUGAGAAGAUGCUGAAGUUGAGGCGGGACCUUGUCCGGGCUGUUACGCUACUUGAGCUGGUUAAACGAAGGGAAAAGUGCAAGAGAGAAUUUGUUCAUCUGACGGUGGAGGUUUUCGAAAAACGGUUCCAAGCUAAGGAUUACAGCGGGACAGUGGUAGCGGAAGCAGCUGCAUCGAAGGCCGCUUUGGCUGCAGCAGCAACGCCACGACCUGCCUUCACUCCGAUUUUCCACAACCAUCAUCAUCACUCGCAAUCGUCCACGUGGGCGGAUGCAGUUGUGUCGCAGGCGCAGCAUGCCGCCGUGCAGCACCACAAAACUAAGGAGGACCAGGUAAUUGGUGGAAGACGUGAAAAACGACAGUACAAAAAACGAAAACACAAACCACUAAGUGGGCGAGCUGGGGUAUUAGAGGGUCUCUCUUCCGACGAAGAGAUUCCGGGACUCGUCCCCCGAGGACCUACGCCAGAGCCCGAAGAACCGGAAGACGAGGGCCCGUUCGCUUUUCGGAGGAACCAACUGUGCUCGUACCAUAAGCCUCGACCCACUAUGGGAAACUGGCCUUGGUGCGCGCCAGAAGAAAAUGGCGGAGGCGACAAGCGGUUUCGGUUUUCGUUGACCUCACUUUCGAAUCGAAAGUGUGUCGGGUUCGCGAGGCGGCGGGUUGGCCGAGGCGGCAGGAUCAUACUUGAUCGCGCCUCCACAGAUUGUGAUGAGUUUUGGCGAGGACUAGAUUUUUCCAUAAUCGAGCCAAAACCUAGUACCUGUAUCAAGGACGACCCGUUGUCUGUGCGACUUAAAGAGGAAGAGACGCCGUUAUGGACUAAAAACAGUACAAGUACUUAUAAUAAAUAUAGUGCGGUAUCGGCAAGCAGUGGUAGUUCGUCAACCUUUACCCUUCCUAGUUUUGGUGGUGACUUUAGUAGUAGUGCAGUGACAGUGAAGAUCGAACCGGUGGAUGAACAAACUAACACGACAGUUAAGCCAGCGGAAAUGACGGGAGGCACAAACGAAGACGAUUCUGUGGAAUAUUUGCGGGCGUUGCGAAGGGAUAUGUUACAUUUUAGACCGAAGACACCGCCCGAGGGUUACGAACCGCCCUGUCACCUACUCCCGCCCGACGAUCCGCCCUUUGCAAAUGACUCCUUACCAUCCUUCCAGAUGGAAGUGGAACCGGUCGACUCCAGUUUGUUCUUGCUCGAUCGCGGGCCCUUCCUUACCGACACCUUCGAGCUGGAUCGACGAUGGGCUGAAGAACCGCCCCAAGAUAUAUUCGAGGAAAGUCCCGAGGACGAGAACGCCGCAUGGCGAAACGUCGGCGUGUCAUGUUUUACGCUCACGGAUGCUGGUGGUGAGAGGAAAGGCAGAUCAGGUGGUCCCGACGACAGCGGUAGUUUUUUUGAUGAAGAUUUGGAGUACGAUAGUCUAAGUGGAAGGAAAAAUGAUUUGAUGGACACAUCGCAAGGUGGCCAGGAAAUCGGGAGUACCAACGGAUUGGUCAGCUUUAUGACUGAUGUGUCUAGCAAUCGUCGCAAAUUGAACAGCAAUUCAGCCACAACGUUGAGCUUGCUUAAGUCUGCACAAUCUGUUACGCUUAAUAGUCAUAGUGCUAACCACACGAACCUUCUAGACUACCCACUGACAGCGGCAGUAGACGUAGCCGUCGACCCAGCCGCUCCACCUCAUCAAGCUACACCACCGCUAGGCGGAGGGAGCAGUUCAGCCCCAAAAUCAAAUAAUGGCGGCGUGACUCGAAACAACAAGAACAACAGUAUGGUGAUGGAGGUGACCUGAUGCCGGCCGAAAGGUUAGUGCGAGCGCACCACUGAUUUCCAUUUCAUUUUUGGAGAAAAAAUCCUUGAAUAAGAGGCCAAGGUUGAAAAGAAGGUGUGAGAAAUAUAGGUAGAUUUGUUAUUAUGCGCAUGAAGUGGACACACAAACGUACACGCAAACGUACAUACCGAGAUUGAGCCUUUCCUUUGAAAUUGAUUUUAUUUAUGUUGAAGAGGUUUAUGUCAUGCAAUUUAAAUGCAAUUUAAUAAUUUCAUAUUCGGUUGUGUAAGUAAUUUGCCGCUCGAUUUAGAUUUUUGCUCAAAAUUACAUGAAUGUUUCAUUCAUUCUUAUAAUUAUUAUAUAUAUUAUAAUUAUCUAUGCAACGCCCAGUAUACCAGUAUUUAGUCACUAGCAAAGUAUUGCAUGACGUAAACAUCACAAUUUUUCAAAUUAUUUCUGGUAAAUAUUUUAUAAUUUGGGCAAUUAUUAUUUAUAUGAAAAUAUUAAAAUUUAGUUAGUAAUAACUUUUAAAGGAAAUGCAAAUGUUUAGUUGUAUGUAGACCACAAUGUGAUUUAGUAUGAAUAUUUUUUGUACAUUAUAGAUAAUUUGUUUGUGCAAAGAAAGUAUUUUUUUGUGCAAAUUGACAUUAAACUUAAAAAAUGAUACGCUUAAUAAGAUAGUAACCCUGUUUUAAUGGGUAAAUUAAAUACGUAGUGUGUCCAAAAGUAAAUCACGAACCUAUCGAUUCGUUAUUUUUUUGUAUACAAUUUCCGAUAAAAUUUAAGAUGAAAAAUGAAAAAUAUACGCUUUGUAGUGAUGUGUUCAAGUGAGUAAUUAAAAAAAAAAAAAACGAGAAAUCUUUUUUAAUUAAUAUAAUAGGCUACUAUGUGGUUCCAGAUUUUUAUUAGUGAUAUUAUUUAGGUCUGAAGUUGUUGGGAUUGUUCAGUCGGAAUGUUUUCUUUAAUUCAAAAUAAUGUCUUUAUAUUACUAAGAAAUUGAAAUUCGAGCUAUAGUGGAAAUGCAUUGAAUGUUCAUCCGUUUGUUGCACCGACUAUAAAAUUUUGUUUAUUUAUUGACAAAAUCUACAGUUGACCCCAUUUUUACAAUAAACUAUAAUUAUAAAAUUAGAAGCAAUAUACAUAUAUAUCUAUAUUACAUUCAUCAAAUUAACCAUGGCUAUUAGUGACACAAAAUACAGUAAUAAUAGUAUUAAUAACACAACACUGAGUCUAAAAUUUCAGUAUAUUUUAAAGUUAAUUAAACUCUGUAAACUUUGGCAUUUCAUUGAACUACUUUACGCAACAGAUAAUUUUUAAAGCCAAAGAGUGAACAGCUGAAUAUGGCAAUCUCAGAGGGGUAACAAGAUCAAGUGCUCUAUCCAGAGGAGAGUGUCAGCCAUAAUUGUGGAGGCCAGCCGUACCAGGUACAUUAAAAUUAAUCAAGAAUAACAAUUCUGAUUAGUUAUUAAUAUGGUUUAGAGCUUCAAAUACAAAGGAUUCACCAAAGACAAUCCUUCUAUUUUCCAAGGUAUAUGAAUACAAGAAAUAUUAAUAUCACAUUUAAAUGCAACAAACCUUAGAAAUAUAUGCUGGACUCGUUCAACUAGAGCUUUAUGACUGUGAUUGUGGAGACCAAACUACUGUAGCAUGUUCCAAAUUUGAUUGUACCAAAGCACAAUAGAGCAUUUUUAAUGUAUCUAUGGAAAAGUUUACUUGUUAAAUGUUAAUAAUUUAGAAAGUUAAAAACUCGUUUAAAUGUUUUUUUACAUCACAUUUUUCUAAAUUGUCAAAUUUGGCUUGCAAUUAAAAAGAAAUGAAAUUUAAAAUGAUUAAAGAGGUAUACUACAAAGGUUAAUUUUAUUAUCCGAUGUAACUUAUUAACUGUAGAUGCAGUUAAUUCAUUUUCUUUUAAAGAAACCUAAUUUGAAGCAUGCAUUCCCAUUCGGGAUUGUAAUGAGGACGUUUUUCCCUAGUUUCAUUUCAUAUUUUAAUACUAAAUAAUUAUGUCCAAAUCCAACCGACUGCAAUUUAUAAAUAAUUUAUGGCAACAGAAUUGUGCUAUGAUAUUUGUAACAUUUUAUGUACAUAUAAAACUUUAAAAGUCUUAAUAAGGCAUUUUGUCACGUUAGGGAAAUUAACGCUUCAUAUAUAUAAUUGAAGUUGGAGACUUAUUGGUUAUAUUUUUUUAUAUCUCCAGUGUAGAGUAUUUUUAGCCUUUGAGGGCUGUAAUUGCCUCGGCUUUUUUUACAACAUCGAAAGAGUUUUUUGUUGGUAACGGGAUGUUUUCAUAUAUUUUUUAAAAUUAAGUAACAUUUAAUGUUUAUAAUGAUGAUUUAUUGAUGAAUAUUUAUUAUUUUUAGAGGCAGAGAACUGAUGAAAUACACAUCUUAAUGCAGCUUUUCAUUAAAUAAAGCAAAAAGUUAUCGCAUUGACAGAAUUUUUCCGUUUCUUUUCUGGUAUCUGUGAAUUUGUCAUUACUGUAAUAAGAAUGGGAAUUGCUCGAUACCAAACAAAAGAUCUCAAGCAGAUUUAAUAUUCUAGAGAAAUCAUACUAUAUUGUACCUUUUACUGUCGACAUAAGAAUGUGUGCAUGUUACAUGCUUUUAAGAAUGAUAAUAUACUUUUCUAUAAGUAAACGAUGCUUGGCGUAAUUAAUUUGAACAUUUUUGAAAAAGUUAAGUUAACCUAAAGUAGUAAAGUGAAGAAACCAAUAUGGCAGCAUGCUGAAAUUUCUUUUUAAUUAUUAUAAUAUAGAUUAUCCGAUAUAGAUCAGACAAGCGGGACAUGGAAACAAGACAAACAUCGGCAUCAAAAAUUUUCAUCGAUUGGCUUGGUCUUUUGAAUGUAUUAUUUUUAGUUUUAAUUGUAUAUCUAUAAAUAAUAUACCUAAUUUAUAAUGAAAAUCUGUCAGACAGGAAUCAUUUGGCAGCUGGUUAACCACUUUAUUAUAUAAACAAUAAAGUGUUUCCAUUAGUAAUUACCUAUUUGAUGUGUAUUCAAGGUAUGGCUAUUUUAAGCAUGGACGAUUUACCACCUAACCACAUUCCAUAAAAUAGCUUAUGCAUUAAGAAUCUGAAGAUAUAAGGACUGCGAAAAGUGUCGAUCGAUGUGUAGUACAGGUGAAAGUUUUCAACUGUUGUUAUCGAUACAUCUCAUUUUUUCGUAAAGAUAAGAUUGGAAAAUUGAGUAAGUUUUGUUCGAUAAGUCACAAAUAAAAAAUACUGAAUAUUAUUAAUAAUAAGAAAUAAUUAAUUAAUAAAUUACAUAAAAUAAUAACGCCAGUGAUAUCCCGAUAUCAAUACAAAGCUUAGUAUUAUAAUAUUUUAAUAAUUGAUAUUAUUUUUUUCAAAUUAAUGUCAAACGCCGGUCAAAGGGCAUUGAUUGCCUCAUUAGAUUGCUUAAGAACAAGAAACAACCUUUGCAAAAUAGUUUCUAACAUUAAUAGCCAAGAAAAGGAACCAAAAAUUGGGUUAAAUACCAUUCCCACUUCCUAAAUAUCUGUCCUAAUUAUAAAUCCUUUUCGAUUGAAAGCAAACAUUUCGACUUGUAGGCAUGGAAUAUUCUGUGUGGGUAUAGCAAAAUUAAAUAAACAGUAAAAAAACAAAAUUGAGGACAAAAACUCUACAUCUCUGUUCAAGAGCGCAAGGUAAUUUUUUGCCCUCAAACAAAAAACAAAAAAGUAAUACGAUAGUGAUAGCUAGUAAUGAACUAAUUUAUUACAGUUAGCCCUUUUUUUUGUAACAUAUUAGCCCUUUGUAAGUAAUUGUGUAUAUAGUGCAUAGUUUAACUCGUAGGUAUGUAUAUUUUCUAAGUAUAAGCGAAGAAAAUCGUAAAAGGCUGUUAUAAAAACUAAUUUUAGUACCUAAUUUAUUAUUAUUUCUACUUCUACUUUUUGUUUCGUCGAAAUAAACUAAAAAUAAGGUUCGAGUAUUGUUCAGUUUUAUAGAUGAGACACCCAUUUAUUUUACUUCAAGCAGGUUCUUAUCAUUGUUUUUCUUUUGGUUUUUUGGGAGCCGUUUUAUACAAAAUAAACCUAUUUUUAAGAUUUAACUUUAGUUUUACUAAAUAAACUAAAAAUUAUACGUUUCUGUAACGUUCCCAAAUAACCAAAACUAGAAUGUGUACUUACAUAUAAAUUUUUGAGAUUUGCGAUCAACCUCUUGAGUUAGCAGUUUAUUGCAUAAUUAAGCCUGGUUUUGAUUGCAAAUGUUGGCUGCCUUAUUUUAUUUUUAUUCUCGCGUUGGCUGUUCAUUAACUUUCAUAUUUAUUACAGCAUAAUAAGCUGUUGGCUUAACCAACUUUUUUACUUGCUUCUAGUCAUCUACAUUAUAUUUCGUUUUUAAUCAGGCCGUAACAUUUGCAAGGAGACUGGGACCAUUUUGUAAAGUUUAAAAAAAAACAUGUUAAAUAAUGGGAAAUAAUAUAUUUGCUACAUACUUUUUCUUAUGUCA